AUCAAGCCCCUAGGCAUGCAGACUGCUUCUACAAACAUUGGUGAAAGAAUGGGUCGCUCUCAGGAGCUCAGUGACUCCAAGCAUGGUCCCGUGAUAGGUGGCCACCUGGGCAAUAAGUCCAUCCGUGACAUUUCCUGGCUACUAAAUAUUCCACACUCAACUGUUAGUGGGAUUAUAACAAAGUGGAAGCAACUGGGAACAACAGCAACUCAGCCACCAAGUAAAAUGACAGGGCGGGGUCAGCGCAUGCUGAAGCGCACAGUGCGCAGAAGUCACCAACUGUCUGCAGACACAAUAGCUAAAGACCUCCAAACUUGGUGUGGCCUUUAGAUUAGUACACAGUGCGCAGAGAGCUUCAUGGAAUGGGUUUUCCAUGGCCGA